GUUUACGCAAGCUAAAUCACAAGCUCAAGCUGUUGAACCAAAGCAACAUCAACGGGCUUCAUGGCGCUUCUGUUACUUUAGAAUCAUUAAAAACUAAAGUAAAGGCAGCCGUAAGCCAAGCAGCUCAGAUCUCAAACCAUUAUCCCAUCGCCCUUCUCCUGUCCAGCACCAUGAGUUCCACCAAUUUCUCGAUUUUUCAAGAUACAGAGAAUCGCGAUGCUAUUCGCAAGGGCAGAAACCAAAAGCCGAAACCGGUGGACCAAAAGCGUCUUCCGUUAGGCAUGGUAAAUGAAAACACAUCUUUGCGUGUGCAACAACCGCGUGGAGCUAAACAACAACGGCCUGGCUUGAAGACCAAUGAUGAAAAUACAGUCGCUUCAAAAAAAAUUAGCUCGCCACGUGCGAAAGUUUUGGCAGCAUGUAAAGAAGAAAGAACAAAGAAAGAAGUAUGUGCAACUCUCAAGCAGCUGGACCAAAUUAUUUCUAAAGAUGUCACGAAGAGCAAGAUUGAUAGUGCAAGCGAGGCCAGAAGAAAGGUUGCAGAAGCCGCCAGGAUUGAGGAAAGAAAGGUGGAAGAGGUGGCUGUCAUUGCAAGAGAGAUUGAAAUAGUUGACCUUGAAGUUGAAGAUGUCGUUACCCUGGAAUUUGAAGAUCCAGAGCUUAUUGCCACUUCCACAAGCAAAUCGGAUAGCAUUAUUGGAUCGCCCAUGUCAGUUGAUCGCAGCAUUGUCAAUUUAGAUGGAAAAACUGAGCAGCAACUGGCCGAAGAACAGUUCUACCAAGUUACUGAGUACCAGCAAGACAUUUACGUUUACAUGAUUAAAGCACAAGAUAAAUUCCGGCCCAAGGCAGGCUACAUGCGGAAACAGCCUGACAUCACAUUCACCAUGCGUUCCAUUUUGGUGGACUGGCUGGUCGAGGUUGCUGACGAGUACAACUUGCAUUCCGAGACCCUUUUUUUGGCUGUGUCUUACAUAGACAGAUUCCUGAGCUACAUGUCAGUUGUCAGGGGCAAACUUCAGCUAGUGGGCACAGCUGCAAUGUUCAUCGCAUCCAAAUUUGAGGAGAUUUACCCUCCAGAUGUUAAUGAGUUUGUUUACAUCACUGAUGACACCUAUACCAAGAAGCAAGUUCUUCGCAUGGAGCAUUUGAUUCUGAAGGUGCUUGGCUUUGAAAUGGCCAACCCAACCAUUCUGAGAUUUGCCACCAAAUUCAAUUUGGCAGCAAACAGCUCUGAGUCUAUCUGCCACCUAACGCAGUACCUUUGCGAACUGAGCCUCCUGGACGGUGAAAAGUACAUGAACUUCCUGCCCUCUGAAAUGGCGGCCGCGGCCACUGCCCUGGCCAGACACACCUUGGGUUCUGAGGCGUGGCCAAGGGCUCUACAAGACCUCACUGGCUAUAGCCUAGCACAGCUGGGCAGCUGCCUUGACCCUCUGACAAUCACCUUUGCAGAUGCGGCCAGUUAUCCCCAACAGGCCGUCAGGGAAAAAUUCAAGCUUGCAAAGUGGAACUGCGUUGGUUUGCUUACUCCUCUUGAGCCCACAUUAGUCUCACUGUUGCCCAAGCCAGCUGCAGAGAUCACCCCUAAGAAGGAAUGUGCAAAGAAUCAGUGAUGAGUGGCUAGACUGAGCUACGUGAUGGACCACUCUUUGCAUGUAUUUUGUAGGGUUUUAUUUGUGACCAUUCGUGUUUCAUCUUAAGAACGCGUUUUAGCAUUCCAUAAAUAAUAUAAGUUGUUCAGAAAGCAGCUUCAAUAACAAAGUCUCAUGUGUGCUUAAGUGAGCGGCUAUGCAGAGUCCCAGUUCUCAACUAGCUUUUUUAUUAAAAUUUUUAAAAAAGGAAAAUUCAUUCACAUGCCUAAAAGUUGAUGUUUAUAUAUAUGAGAAAUGGGCUUGCCGCUCAUUCAUCGCGCGUGAGAGACUGCUCAUAUUGGGGGGCAUUUCUGUAGAUAAUAUUGCCAUUUGUGCCUUUAUAAAAAACGGCUGCUUAGCCAAUUUCAACCUAAAUAAUUCAUGUCAAUAUUUCAGAAUUAUUGUUACAAAAGGUCUCAAAGCAAUUUUCACGCCUAUGAAAAUAAACGCACUAAUCAUAAA